AUGAUUAAACAAUCUUAUAUUGCGAUUACCGCCAUCGUCUACUUGUCUCUAUGGGUCGGAUUCUGUAGAGCACAAGGCAACACCAACGCAUCAUCUGGUUCCUACGGGAGCAAUGGCGAGUGUGGGCCGUUCGGGAGCUGCAACACGCUAGAUGUACCACUUUGUAGUUGCUUGCACGGAUUUACUCAGCGAAAUCCUAGCGAUUGGGAGUCAGGGAACUGGAGCAGCGACUGCGAGAGAAAGGUCGCUUUGAGUUGUGGUAAUGGGACGACUACUAAUAGGUUCUGGAAGCUCGAAUCGAUGAAGCUUUCUGGCUACACGUCCCGAUUGACUGUGGCGAAAGAGCAGUGUGAAGGCGUGUGUUUGGGGAAUUGCAAAAGAGAAACCGUUGAACUUGGCAAUGUGACGGCGUCAGGAUCAAUUAAUACCUCUACUCCAGAUGUAUCAAGUCGAGUUAAUUUUGAAGACAUACCGUUGUUUAAGUUUGAGGAGCUAGCAAAUGCGGCCGAUAAUUUCUCUGAAGCUAACAGGCUAGGGAAGGGUGGUUUUGGCCCUGUCUACAAGGGAAUUUUGGCUAGUGGAAGAGAAAUUGCAGUCAAGAGGCUGUCAACUGCAUCUGGACAAGGGAUGCAAGAGUUUAUGAAUGAAGUGACGCUUAUUUCUAAACUCCAACAUAGGAAUCUUGUUAGAUUAGUCGGGUGCUGUGCAGAGGAUAGAGAGAAGAUGUUGGUUUAUGAAUACCUGCCUAAUAAAAGCUUGGAUUUUUUUCUAUUUGAUACAUCACAAGAAGUCCUAGAUUGGAGAAAGCGUUUCAAUAUUAUUGAAGGUAUAUGUCGAGGCCUUCUUUAUCUGCACAGAGAUUCUAGAUUGAGAAUAAUUCAUCGAGACCUCAAGCCGAGCAACAUAUUGUUGGACAAUGAUUGGAACCCAAAGAUUUCAGACUUUGGCAUGGCCAGAAUAUUUGAGGCCAAGCAAGAUCAUGUCAGCACAGUGAGAGUGGUGGGAACGUAUGGAUAUAUGGCUCCUGAGUAUGCAAUGGAGAGAAGAUUUUGGGAAAAAUCAGACACGUUUAGCUUUGGAGUUCUAGUGCUGGAGAUUGCUACUGGGAGAAGGAACACAAGGUUCUAUCCUAAGGAAGGCUCUUUGAACCUUCUGGGACAUAUUUGGACAACAUGGAAUGAAUACAGUGUCACGGAUUUAAUAGAUCCAAGAAUAUUGGGUUCAAGUUACCGGACAGAUGUGCUGCGGUGUAUACAUAUCGGAUUAUUGUGUGUUCAGGAACUUCCUAAAGAUAGGCCAUCUGUUUCGACUGUACUGUCAAUGCUAAGCAGUGAAGUUAUAGAGCUUCCUGAACCGAAGCAAUCGGCGUUUUCUACCAAGUCGAGCCGCCCUGAUACAGGUUCAAGUUAUUCGCAGCAGAGUAAGAGUAGUGGCUCUUUGAAUCAUGUUACUCUCUCCAUGGUGGACGGUCGAUGA